AGAGUGCCUUGAGGACGUAGAAACGCGCAUGCGUUACUUGGGCUGGCGUUAGCGCAAGCUCCUGGCGAAGUUUUCAGACGAAAGGGGUAACCGCGAAGCGAGUUGCGCAUGCGCGCCAUUGUUUAUCUGACAUUGGAUGGAUUUAAGUCUUCCGAAGUGUUAGCAAGGACGAUUUUUUUUUUUCUUGCGGAGUCUUGUGGCUUUGAAGCUCUCUGCGCUUCCUCCUUGGUUCUCUGAAUAGGAGUCCUAGACUCAAGCUGAAAAUGCAUGUCCUCUGGAUGGUGCGCCAGGUUUCCCAGACCGGGAUUCCAAUGUGCCUGAAUAUUACCCGACAUCUCAGCAGUACAACCUCCAGAGCUUCUUAUAAGUAUGUGAAUGCAAAGGAAGAGCAAACAGACUGGAAAUCAGUCACUGACAAAGCUGCACAGACGCUCUUGUGGACAGAACUUAUUCGAGGUUUAGCUAUGACCAUGAGUUAUGUAUUUCGAGAGCCUGCCACAAUCAACUAUCCUUUUGAGAAAGGCCCAUUGAGUCCCCGAUUCCGUGGAGAGCAUGCCCUGCGCAGAUACCCAUCUGGAGAGGAGCGAUGCAUUGCUUGCAAGCUGUGUGAAGCUGUAUGCCCUGCUCAGGCAAUCACUAUUGAGGCCGAGACUAGAGCUGAUGGUAGCCGCAGGACCACUCGCUAUGACAUUGACAUGACCAAAUGUAUCUACUGUGGAUUUUGCCAGGAAGCCUGUCCUGUUGAUGCCAUUGUGGAGGGCCCCAAUUUUGAAUUCUCCACUGAGACACAUGAAGAGCUCCUAUACAACAAAGAGAAGCUGCUCAACAAUGGAGACAAGUGGGAAGCUGAGAUUGCUGCUAAUAUCGAAGCUGAUUAUUUAUAUCGAUGAUAGAACGUUUUCCUCAACCUUCACAUAUUUUAUCAGCAUGCUCAUCCAAAGUUAAAUCUAUAAUAAAAGGGCAGGCAUGCACUCUUUGUUUCCCUGUGUUGCGAAAGACAAUAGAAUUAACAGGUAGCCUUUCGGUUGAUAAUGUAGCAUACAUCAUUCUAUUUGCAGUUGGAAAGGUUGGGUGAGAUUGAAAAACAAGACUUCUUUUUAAUGCACGGCCUCUGAUCCUGGACCUCAUGGGAUAAAUUUAAGACUUUUUGUGUGGAAAGAAGUGGUGGUGAAGGAGAGAGAGAGAGCGAGAGAGACAGAGAGAUGCCGACAACAUUCUGUUGCCUUGUAUCCUCUCUGCUCAAUAAACUUUUGGAAAGGA